GCUGGGACUGUGAUUGGUGGAGGAUGAGGUGGAAGCAGAUCCUAGGUCAGUGCUCUCACAGAGGGAAACUGAUCCUAAAACCACAAGACAGGAGGCUGCAGGGACACCUGUAGCAGUGAGAGGGUUAAACAGGGAGACCUUCAGGACAGACACAACGCAGAGGAAAGAUCUGUUUUUUAAAGGGCCGUGUUGUUUGAAGGGUUCAUACAGAGCACGCUCAGUGGAAACCAACCAGGAGUCUCUUAAAGACAGCUCUCUAAUGAGGGCUGUGAUUACAGAGUGGACUGAUAAUUACCGCCUGCACCUUCUCAGGACAAUCAUGAUGUCGCCAGACGACCGAGCCCUGGAGGACCUGUUGUACUGCAGUGACCUUGGUGACGAGGCGGAGGAGGUGGAGCUGGGCGGCGGCCUGGCAGGGCUGGAAGAAAGUGCUGCUGCAGACAAUACUCCGACAGCCGUGUCCGUCCAGGAGCCAAUGAUGUGCGCCGGCUGUGGCGAGCAGGUGUGUGACCGCUUCUUCCUAUUGGCUGCAGGCAGGGUGUGGCACAGCGUCUGCCUCCGGUGCAGCCAAUGUCAGUGUGAGCUGCAGACACACCUCUCACUGUAUUGGAGAGACGGAAACAUCUACUGCCAACAAGACUACUGCAGGAUGUUUGGAGGAGGUCAGUGCGCUCGCUGCUUCCAGCCAAUCCCAGCUUCUGAUUUGGUCAUGAGGUCUGGUGAGCUGACGUUCCAUCCUCACUGCUUCUCCUGCCAGGAGUGUGAUGUGAAAUUAAUACCAGGGAACCUGUACUGCAUGCAGGGCCAGAACCUCUACUGUCAGUCCCAUUACCAUGGCGACGGGAGUGUCCCGUUAUCGCACAACGUCCUGCCCGAAGCAAAUCUGAAAGAAGCUCAAAAUCAGGUCUCAGGUGAAGGGGAGGAGUCUGUCAGUAGUCCUGAGCCGCGAUUAGGCGACAGAGGGACGGGUGGGCGGACCCGCAGACGGACAAAGAGAAUCAGGACAUGUUUCCGCAGCGAGCAGCUCAGAGCACUGGAGUCGUAUUUCGCCCAGAAGCACAACCCUGACGGCAAAGACUGGACCUGCCUCGCUCACAAGACCGGCCUCCCCAAGAGAGUCCUGCAGGUGUGGUUUCAAAAUGCUCGGGCCAAACUGAGACGUUCGCUCACCACAGACGAAUCCCAGGCCAACUCGCCCUCCGCUCCGCCGAGAGGCGUAACCGUGGCAACUGGCUCCCCGUCCUCGGCCUGCUCCCCCCCCGACCAAUCACAGCCCUUCCCCACCAGCACCAUUGACCAGCUGCAGCUCUCCCUGCUCACCGCCCCGCUCAGCGACCCACCGGUGAGUCCGGCCCUCAGCCAGUCACAUCAGCUGCAGCACCCUGCCUUCUUCCUGGACUACGAUUCCCAGAGUGCACCAGGCUGUACCUCCUCUCUGGAGGCCUACGAGGACUUUGGAGAGGCAGGAGGAGGCGCAGAGGGAGAAGUUGAAGCUGAUAGUUCUUUUAGACCACAUUACUGUUAGUCGAGGGUUCUGCUUCCACACUGUGAGCAACUUUUAAAAUGAGAGAAUAGUUAAAAUUAUGAUCCUUAUGAUUUCAGCUUUUAAUUUGAAGCAACAGUAGCAGGAAAUGUUAACAUCAGCAGUAAAUGAAUCCUGAUAUGUGUGUAGGACAGAGAACAGUAAACAGUGAGGCUGAUAUCAGUGAGAUUAAAUCAUAAACAGUAACUCUGGAUCACAUGCUGCAUAGUUCCCUGUGACUCCUCUUGUGUGUUAGAAGGCAAUGUGGCGGACUCCACCACUGACAAUUAAAACUAUUACAUAGAGAGGUCAUUACACAACAUUAAUCAUACAAAUUCUGACUAUAAAUCUUAAAAUGUUAAGGAUUAUAACUUUAACAAAGGUUAUAACUCUGUUGUUGUGUGAUUCAAAUUUAACUAUGAAUCAAGCUAAGCACUGAAACCAGUACCUGACUGGUCAUAUCACUGUAAAAUAGACUUCUUUUGGGACUUUUAGACAAACUGAAAUUGAAACUGACUGAGAGGCAAUAUGGCAAAUUAAUGCAAAAUCACAAAGAAAAUAACUGAUGUACACCAUGUUAUGUGGCAUAAUUACACCUUAAUGUUGUAUUUUAACCAGUGAAAUGUAUCGAAGGAUGAUUAACGUUAUAAGAUCGUGAUGAUAUUGCAAAUGUAGAAUUAUUGCUCAGGUUAUAAUAUGUUACUUUGGACUCUGGCAGCAUACAAUAAACACAUUAUUUAAAACGUAUUGAUAGAUUAAUCAAUAAUAAAAACAAAUAAUUUGUCUGUUUGGUCCUGACUCUACAUCACGUUACUUCAUGAGCCUCGUACUCUUCCCAAGUCCCGCCCCUUUUUGAAUCUCCUUACACUUUCUCCUUUCCUGUACUUAGAUAUGCUAUGUGCUAGCUAACUAGCUACCUAAUCUACAUCAAUCAUUAGCUAGCAAAUUAGCUAGCGUUUUGCAUUAAGAUUAGCUAUGAUGUAACGAGCUAGGUAACGAUUAAUGUAGAUCAGUUAUCUAGUUAUCUCGGAUAUUCAUCUAUGAUCCCUGAUGACUGGAGCUUUCUGUGUGACACUUGAAUGGUGAAUAAAUCUUCAACUGUU